CGCAGGCACUGAUGCGAAGUCUCGGCGGCGUUUGAACUUAACGUACUGUCGACAUCAACAAGGCAGUAUACUAUAUAAUGCUCGUGCCGUUCCAGGACCUAAUACUAGGUCUGAGCACCCUGACUUUGAUCCCCUGUCUUUCUUUCUUUCUGCUUAGUUGAGGCCAUGGCUCCUCUCUUGCGCUUUGAAACAGCUGAGCGCGGGUUCGUUCGCAACGUCGUUGAGCGACACUCGCCUCAGGCAGGCUUAUUCACAGAUAGGUUUGUUGAGUCGGAAGCAAUUCACAACGCUUUCGCUCCUGUUAUGCUUGAGAGACGCGAUACCAUCAACAGUCCCUCUGGUGAGCCGGUAGUCAGCACUCCGCCGCUAACUGCCUCCGCCAAGGCGCUCGCCGGGAUUAUUGUUUUCCUCGGUAUUGUCGUGUUAGCUGUGGCCGCACUUCGAGUGAGGAAGUUUAUGCGGAAUCGAAGGGCCAGGGGAUUUACGUCCCCGAGGCUCAAGUCACUCGGUCUCUGCGAGUCAUCAUUCCCAGAAAAGGUCAUCUCUGAGAGGAGAAAUCCAAUGUUCACCAAGACUCUCCUCGAUCUCGGUUACGACGGUCUUCAACCUCCUUCGAAGGUAUGGAGUCAACCCGAGAAAUCGAAAGUGGUCUAUUCCGACUCAGAAGCGCAGUACGUGGGGUGGGUUCCUCAGAUCACGACGUGGCCAAAAGAUACGAAGGGCGAGCCGAGUCCUGAUCUCAUUCCUCGACCGUACCCCUUGCCACCUGCUCCUGCAGCAGCGAGGUCAUCACGCUUCUCUCGUCUUACGGCGAUUUUCACACGUUCGCCCAAGCCGUCGCUUGUAUCCUUCGAUGUUGCUCCGCCUUACUCGUCGACAGCACCGACCCCAAGGAGUAUGACUCCUGUCAAUGUUCCUAGUCCGUUGAGUUCGGCUGAAACCUCGAGUCCAAAGCCUGCUUCGAGUCCUGCUUCGGUGGAAAGCAAUAGUUCAACGAAGAAGAAGCUCCCACCUCCACCCAUUCGUCUGCCUCGAGUGCCCGUACCAGCAUAUUCCAACCGUCCUGUGUCUACCAUCACCGCCUUGGACUCUGAUACGCCUGAUGUGGUCAUAGUUAGUGCAUCGUCAGACAGUGCAGUAGAAAUGACCGACGUCAAGAGUCCCUCGCGGCUAGACUCUGCGCCCCCUGCAAAUCUACGUGCCCCAGAUGUGGAUGACAAAUUGCUUCAUGUACCAGUGUCCUCAAGACCGAGUAGUAAAAGGACUUCCUCGUCAAGCACAGCAGGCCCUGGUCGUGAAAGCGAGGGAAAGGACGGACUGUCGGGGAAGAAGCUACCUCGUCUAGUCAUUGCGGUCAGUACCUUCACCCCGAACAUGCAGGACGAGCUUCACAUACGAGUGGGCGAGGUCCUUCGGUUGACCCAGGAGUUCCAGGAUGGUUGGUGCUCUGUGGAACGCAUCGGAACCGAUGCAGAACAGGGCGUCGUACCGCGAUUCUGUAUCACCGAGCGGGCGUCAUUUGUCCCCGAUCCUGUGAAGACACUGUCCCUCACUAACGGCGCUCGACUUGCAUUCACUGGCUCGACGACUUACAGUCAAAGUACGAAAGCAUCAACUCCACGUUCGAGUGGAGUGCCAUGUCCUCCAAACCUAUCACUGCUCUCUUUCUUGUCAUCCACGGUUUAUUUUCAUGACUAGGACGUCCUACCCACUCCCU